AUGGCAGGUGAAGAUUUGUUUUGUAGCCGAUAUUGGGUCAGUAGAGUCAACGACCAAGAAAACUCUAAUCUUUUCGUCUUUUACCAAGCUGUCGUCUCUUUUUUCAUUUUGUUAACAAUAACGGCUACCCUUGGAAAUGGGCUGAUAUUGGCCGCUCUAUGCAAGAACUCUUCUCUUCAUCCGCCUACAAAAUUACUUCUCCGUUCUCUGGCAAUCACUGAUCUCUGCGUCGGCGUCAUUUCACAGCCAGCUAUUGUCACUAUGUACUACUCGUUUCUUAGAGGAAACUCAGAGCUUUGUCGAAUCAGCAAAGUUAUUGUUUACACUACGACCACCAUUUUCUCUGGAAUUUCUUUGGCUACAUUGACCACUAUUAGCGUGGAUCGACUUCUCGCGAUAUUAUUGGGCUUACAAUACAGAUUAGUUGUAACUGUCAUGCGAAUUCGUGCCCUUGUUAUCAUGUUCUGGUUUUUAAGCACCUCUGUCGGAAUUGUCUACAUCUGGAGUGCGUAUAUAUAUUUCAUGGUGAGCACUGCGUCAGUACUGUUAUUUGUUGCGAUUUCAACAUAUUGUUACAUAAGAAUCUUCCACAACAUUCGACGUCAACAAACACACGUGCAAGACGCUUUGGAAUGCCCUAAUACCGGACUAAACAUAGCACGGUACAAACGAACCGUUUACAAUGCACUGUGGGUUCAUACAAGUUUAGCCACUUGCUAUCUUCCAUUUGCUCUGACAACCGCAGUUAUUGCCGUGCGUGGCCUAAGCACGUCUCUCAUUGUUGUUGAAGCUAUAACCUCGGUUUUGGUUUACCUCAACUCCUCACUCAAUCCCGUUCUUUACUGCUGGAGGAUUACGGAAGUUAGGAAAGCUGUGAAGGAAACAGCGCGCCACGUUUGCACUAAUUCGGCUUGA